AUGCAAAAUACUGAAGUUGAACGUAAAGGAUGUUUAACAUUCCCUCAGUGCUUGUUUGAUUUUCAUUAUGCUUAUUGUAUGCAUGCAAAUGUUUUAUUAACUUCGGACUUUCGUAGUUGUAGAAAAGAAAUUUUUCUGACCUAUCACAAAAAAACAUCAACAUUUAUCAGUUUCAACAAGUAUCCGGUUUUACGACGAUUCAAACAUCCACAUUUAAAUAUGAGAUACAUACAAAUGUACUUUAACAACAAUCUUCAACAUAAAUUUAUACGCUUAAAACAUUCUUAG